UUAUUUCCGAACAUCUGUAAAUAGGGUAAUAAUGGAGGAAAACUGCUGAAUACUCCAGAAAUUAUAUUUAUCUUUGUGAAAAUUUUCAUAUCUCUGUCUACGAAUGACUGAUGGAACUUCCAAUGUUCAUACCAAAACUUGUUUGUACAGAGCAUCGACUUUAAUCAGUUUAGUGUUGUGAAACGUACAUGGAACUUGUGUCAUAAUGUAGACGAAAUAGACAUAUUGGGACCACUUCUUCGUGGAAUGACAUGAAGUCACAAACAUUAUCUCUAAAUUCCUAAGUCUGUAUAUUGGAAACAGUCAUAAAAUUUAUUGAAAUCACAAUGGACCACACAAGGAACAGUAUGGAGAUCAAAAAAGAGCAGGCUCGGAGAGAAAGGGAAAACCAGGCCCGCAAAUUUAUGGAAGGACAGAGGAAGAAUGAUAUUGUCGCUAACACUUGUCUCUUCUCUGAGCCAGUGAAAAAGAAAAAUAUAGAUCCAAUAGCCCAGAGAAUUCAAGCAACCUUAGGAAAAUGUAACAUGGAGAAUUACAGAGAUGCUAUAGGCAUUACCCAGCAGCCUGCAACACCUUUACCAGAUAAAAAGAGGAUGUCAUUCCCAGAUAGAAAACUAGAUUCUAGAACUAGUAAUUCUAAAGAGACAGAAGGAGCCAAAAGAUCACUGGAAGAUAGAAAUACCCCUAAAAAUGUUCCUGCAAAAUCAUAUACUUAUCAGAGUUAUCUUGACAAACAGCGCAGUGCUUCAUCUCGUGAUCCAGGCUCCUCAUCAGACAAGAAGCCACACCUACCAUCCUCAGCGUCCAAUGGUCUGAAAGCAGAUCAGCACAAAUCUCAUCAUCCCAUAAAAAAGGAAUACAGGUCACCAAGCCCAAUAAAAAAGGGACAGAACACCCCCACAAAGAAUGGACCAGUUAAUGGGAGAGGGGGUGAGGAGAAAGGGGAGGGGAGUAGUAAGAACAAAUACCACUCUAUGAAUGGCAUUCCUGCUCCAUUGAAGCCAAAUAAACAACAUAAUCUUCCACCACUUCGAAUCAACAAGGAGGUGGACAGUGUUGAAGAUAUUUUAAAGGAGAUGACUCAAAUGCAUCAACCGCACACUGCCAUUCAAACCCCUCGCAAGGAAGAGAAGUUCCCAUUUCCAACUAGUUCCCCCACCAGCAAGAGUGCAAGCAAAACAGGUGAACUCAAAAUCCAAAGAAAUGGUAUUACAGAUGGAUCUAAGAAUUCUCCUAGUGCAAAUCCAUCAAAUUUCAGAGGUUCAGAAAGAGAGCAGGCAGUUGAUAUAACUGUGAGAGCAUCAAAUACAACCGAUUCUAAACAACCUUCAGUCUCCAUUAGUGGACCAGGCACCAAUGCUCCAACAAAAGAACAGAGGAUGAACUCUGGAGAUUCAAGUAGUUCAUCAGAGGAUGAGGAUGAUAGUAAUGAAUCUGACAGUGAAAGUCAGUCUUCAGAGGAGGAGGAUAAAAGUGAUGAUAAUGAAGAUGAUGAUGAUGAUGAUGACGAAGAGGAGGAGGAGGAAGAAAAAGUAACUCCUGCCAAAAUAAAUUCCUCACUGUCAGAUAAAGGACUUGAUACAUCUAAAAGUUCCACGUGUUCCACUUGGGCAUUAAGUAACUUCAUCAAAACAAAUGUGGAAUCUCCCAUUUCUCAGCUUCCAAGUUCCAAUGACAAUUCCAAAUUGUCAGACAAACCAAAUACAACAGCAUCAGAAAAAGACAAUGAACAGGUGAUAAAUGACCUGUUGGCUCGUAUAGAUGACCAUACAGGUGGGCAUGACUGGUCACCAGUGUUCCAGACAAAACAGAAAGUUACUCAACAGAAAUCACCGUUUAGCAGUUUUAGUGCACAUCAGUCACCUCCAUCUAAAAUCAGCAAUCAUACUUCAUCAAGUGAAAAACUCAAGACUUCCACACCUGAUUCUAAGAGUCGAGUGCGGAGGAAAAGACUCAGUGAGCCAGUUUUAUCUUCUGAUGAAUCGCAAAGUGAAAAUGAGGAGGUAGAUGUGGAAUCUGUGACUCCUGGGAAAGAAAUUAUUCCCGAAAUACUGAGGAAAAGUGUUGAAUCUGUGUCAGAAGUGACGAAAAAGUUAGAUUUUGACAAAGGGACAGGUGGGUCUGUAAAUCGAGUGAUUCCAAACAAUUUUACUGAAAAGAAAGUGAAGACCAAAGAUAGGAGAGACCAAACAAAGUCAAGCAAUAGAAGACAAAGCAAAGAGAAUAAGGAAAAUAAUGACAAGAAAAACCACAGCUUUGAUGAUAUUAAGAAUAUUAUAGAGCAAAUCACUGUCAAUCCUCCCUUGUCACCUAUUCCUAAUGUUCCAGAAAAUUCAAAUCCCAAACCUUCAAUUCCAGGUUUAACUUACAAUAGUAAUGGUAAACCCAGCAUUAUUGUUCAUCUUAACCUGUCUUUAGCAAAACCAAGUGUCAAAUGCAAUACUUCCCCAAGUACAGUGUGUUCAGAAUAUAAGGAGAAAGAGUUGUGUUCAGAUAUCAAACAUGAGGAGAAUGCCAGCGAUAGUGAUAUGGAUAUAGAUGACGAUAUUGUAGACUCCAAAGUUCUCAUCGAAUGCCCUAAACCAGUAUCCCCACAACAUAAUACCAUACCAGUGCCAUUUUCAUCGCAUUACUCGCCUCUGACAAUGAAUGGUGAUAUUACCAGUGCAAAACGCAAAUCAGACUUGGACUUCAUUGAGAAUGAUAAAAAACGUGCUAGAAGUGAUAAAAGAAGUAGCAAAAGAAACAGUUUAGGAAGUUCUCGAGAGAGAAUAAGUCACACCAAUGACCAUGAAUGGGACAUGAAACACCCACAGAGGUCAGAGGGCAAAGAGCGAAGAAGCAGUUCAAGUAGUAAUUCUAGUCAGUUCAGUAGCACCAGUAAACAGUCAAAGAAAACCAAAAACCAGAGCACAGAACCAGACAUGACAGGCCACCAGUUGGAUGACAAGGAGGAAUUGGAGGUUCCAGGAAAUGGUCCGGAGAACAGUGGUCAGUAUCCUUCUUCAGUGGAAAUGACCAGUUACUCUCGAGGGGGAGAGGGAGAUGUAGCCCAUGUACCUAGUCCCCAGACCCGCAAGUCAGCUAAAACCAUGGAUGACUGGUGUAAUCUUUCACCAGAUACCUACCUCCGUCUUGCUAAAGAACUCAAGCAUCAGGCAGACAACAUGAAUAGCUCAAGUGAUAAGCUGCAAAGAGCCAUGAAAUACCUAGAGUCAUUUAUAGCAUUUAUUCAGUGUGGGUAUGCCAUGGAACGUACCAACGUGGAACAGGUCAAGAUUUUCAACAUGUACAGGGACACAAACAAGCUAGUCUCACAUAUAAGCCGCUUGAGAGGAAGCCAUGAGUCAAACAAUAACUUGUCCACCAAGGAGAAAAUCAUAUCCGUAUUGAGUUUGAGAAUCCAGUCAUUGUUGAAUCUGAAAUUGUACAAGCUGAAAAAGAAUGAUACUUUGAAGCUUAAAAGAGCAAUUGAGGAUUACAACAAGACUGCAGCAAGCAAGCCACCACCUCAAGGCCUUCCCAUAAGUCAUGCCCCCUCACCUCAUCAGAACAGCUGGAGCAACCGCUCUAACAGAACCCCCUCCCCUAUGUCCCCUACCCCUUCCCCAGCUGGCAGCACAGGGUCACUGGAAUCCAGGGGCAGUAGUACUGAUCUCACACCCUCUAAACUUCCCAAUGGAAAUGUCCAUAUGUCCCCGGCCACCAUUGCAUACCCACAGCGCAUACAUUCCAUCACACAACAAUACAUCACAUCCACUGGGUACCUUGUACAGUCUCAUGACCUCUGGGAUCAAGCUGACAUUAUCAUGCAGGAAGUCAAAGGGUUCUUUGAUGAUUUAGAAGAAAACUCAGAAACACUGACUAUACAAAGCAGUAUGCAAGACUUAAUCACUUAUCUUCAGAAAGUUGUAGAAAAGUUAAAAGACACUUAACAAAAAUACAUGAAGGAAGCAAGUUUUAUAUAGACUGGUGCUCACCUGUGGUUGUCAACAUUCUUGAUGGGUGUUCAGCAAUUCUCAGUGUUCUCUAUAAGGGGCCAGCCACAGGGUGGAGGGAAGGAGUGACAUAAUAUUUGGUGCUCAAAGGUGAAAGGGUCAAAAGUGGAUUUGAAUUCAUCCAAGUGAAGGCAGCUAUAACAUGACAAAAUAUAUAUCACAAUUGUGCUUUCAAUCAAUUUGCGAAUAGUCGCCUUUCUCCAAAUGUGAUACAGAAAAUACGAAGGAGUUUCAAAUCUUAACUAGUGCAAAUAAGUUGUGUGUGACAACACCUAAAACUUUAUAGCAUAAAUGGUAGAUUAUGUACUACUUUGACAUUUGACAGAGGCAAUUUACAACAAGUAUAUGUUCAUCUAAGCAUUUCCACUUUUUUGGUCUUCCAAGGAAGUUUCUACUAUAAGGAUAGAGCUAAACGCAAAGGGGACAUUAGUUCAUUAUUGACUUCGGAUUGUUGCGACAUUUUUCUUUUUUAAUGUAUUCCAUUUGUUUAUGCAUGUGAUACUGCAUUGAUCAUGAAGUUAAUUCAAAUUUAUACUUUGAAAUUUUUUAGAUUUUUAGGUCAUCAAAAUCACUUGAAUGACCUAUUGCAAUCUGUCUGUGUGCGUUGUCACCUAUGAUUUGUAAUUUUUGUUGAAUUCUUAAAUUUUCUGAAACCUUCAGACCAGUUCUGACUCAAUUUGGUUUGCAUCAAUUCAUGAUGGAGAAGAGAAUUGUGAUUUUCAGGUACAUUUAGAAAUAAUUAACUGGGAAAAUGGUAUCUUUACCUUCACAUUUACCUGAGAAUUCUAUACUAAAUUUAGUAAAGUUUUUGACUCUGAGCUGCAGGUAGGGGUUAAGUAAAGAAAGAGCAUAGAUCAAUGUCGGUUUUAUUUACUUCUGAGCAUGUCAUACAAAAUGUGUAUAAUUGGCAAUAAUUAUUCCAGCUUGAUUAUCAUUUAGUGAGGCCAGAGUGGGGUUCAGAUUCUGAAAAAAUGUGUAAAUUCCUUUUUACCAGAGAACUGACCAACAAACUUUAAAUGUACUGGAAUAUCUUCCUCCUCACUUCUGAUUGAAUGCUUGUAAAGUUUAUGUACUUCAGCAAGAGUCAUGUUUACUUCAUUUAACACUCUAGUUAAGCUGCAGAAGAGUUGCUGCUGAUACUCAGGUGACCUUUAUGGCCUAUGGGCCUUUUGUUUGAACUUUUGAUAAUGUUGAUUGAAUCAAAUUGAAAGUAUUUAUUUUUUAAAUUAUAAGAUGUGUAAAGUAUUCAUUUUAUAUACCAUAAACUAGUCAAAAGAGUCCUACACCAUACCACUUUUAAACUCUUGAUGUCAAAUUUAUGCACCAUGAAUUCUGUGUAAUUUUUGAAGGAAUCCUGUAUAUUUGCCAUAAAAUGAAGACUUCCAGUACCAAAUUACAAUUUGGAAAACUGCCAAAAAUGCCAGUAAAAGCAACUUAGACUUCAAACUUCUAGAGUGAUUAAUAUUUCAAUUACAAAUUUUAAAUGAUAGUUCCAAAAUACAGUAUUCUGAUUUUAUAAAAUUUCAUAACAUAAUUUAAUAAUUGUGUGUGCAAAUAGUGAUCUCAUGAAGCAUAGAGAACAGCGUACUUAAAAUAGAUGCACAAAGUAAAGCUAUUAAUAAAAUAAAUUACCAGUUCUCAUCUUGAAAAUCUUACUACCUGUUGGCCUUCUUAACAAGAAUUUCAGUAAUCUGCAUUGUUUCUUGUAAUAGGUUUUUGAUGAAGAACAAUGCUGACAGAAGCUAUCAAAAAUCAGCCAAAAGUAUUCUUAGGACUUUGUUUUGUAAAGCAUGAACCUUUAAAAAAAAAUCACUGUGAAGCUACACCAUGGAAAAUUUAUGUUAUGUUCACUAGAAUUCUGGAAAUGAAUUUUUAAACAUAUUAAGUAGAAUAGGAAAUCUCUUGGCAAAAAGCCGAGAAUGUUCUUUUAAAAACUCUUCCGAAAGCCUUCCUAUUUUUUUUUAUUGUUUCAAAAAGAGUACUACUAUGUGUAGAAAAAAGUUGGGGGGGUGCACACAAGAAGUUAAUCGAAUUGGGUGCCAUUAUGGAAGAGUGCUGUAUACAACAGUGGUGUACAGAUAAGUGCUAAGUCAAUCACAACUACAAUUUUCUAAAUUAUUGGAGUGAUAAAAAAUGAUGCUAUUUAUAUAUAUAUGUAUAGUAGGUUAAUGGAUGACACAUCCGUCAGAUGGACAGUGGUAUAGUUACAAAGAUGUAUACAUGGUGGUUACAUUGUAAGAAAUGGAUGGUUUUUGAUUGUUUUUUUCUUUUCCUCUUAAAAUAAGAUUGACAGAAGUUUCUCUUGGAAUAUGUUUGUAAAUUACAAAUAGUUAUAACACUUGUAUAGAAAUUUUGAAGUUCAGAAAGACACUAAACCCUUGCUGCUCUGUGAUAUGUGUUUAGAUGUUUUAAUGUUUAAAAAAACAAGGUAUUCUUUUGUUUGCAAUAUGGUAGAGACAAUAUUUAUUGAAAAGGUAACGUUGACAUUGAGACUGUGACAAGAUUUUAUUGAUAUAUAUAUUGUUCAUGUGAUACCACGGAUUGGAGAGUCCGAGAUCUGGGUAUUUCCAGCAGUACAUGACUUUUGUUCCCAAUUCUGUGACUUGGGCUUCACUGCUACAUAUAUACAUAUAUAUAUAUUUGUUAUGAAGCUGAAAUGUUCACUAUCGAUUUUAAAUUUGUUGUUUGUAUGGAAUGUGGAAGCAUUUUUAAAAACUUUUUGCAUGUACAAUGUGUAUGUUUAAUGAAUGUUCUCUGUUUUUUGAUGGCAAUAUGAUGACAUUGAAUGCAUUCCCAAUGCACUGAUUGAGUCAGUGGCCUUAAUUUUGUAGGAUAGAGAGAUUGAAUCAACAGAUUUAAUUAUUAUUUUUUCAUAAAAUUCUGAGUCAAUGCCUACAUCAAAUUCAUUCCACUAGAUGCAAUUAAAUGACUAUAUAACUAGAUGAAAUGUCAGGGAAUGACAUCAAAAUUUUUCUAUCCUGUUUUUAAUUGGAUGAUUCUAAAAUUAUAUGCAUUCCAGGCUUUGAACAUUAUGUACGUUAUGGUCACAAAUAGAAAUUCAAGCAGAAAAAGCAUUAUUUUUUACAUUUAUGAAAAUCUAAAAUUUGCUUCAUUUUGGAGGUAUGUAAUACCGGUCAGUAUUGCCAUAAUGUUUUAACCAAGUGUAAAAACUUUUACUAGUUGCACUAUAAAUUAUAUAAAUUAAGUACUACAUUGUAUGAUAAAAAUCUUCAUGCCAUAUCAUUUUCUCUGUCAAUUUCAAAUUAUUUAUUUAUUGAAAUUUGUUAUGUGAAGUGAUAAGUGCUUAAUUUCCUUCAUGUCCUAAUUACUUGGGAAAUACAUUAAACUUAUAUAUUCUUUAUAUGGAAUGUCUCUAGAAGAAUAUGAAGAAAAAAAACCUCUCAGGUCAUGUUUUAAUUUUUUUCUCAAUAUCCAUGUACCUGAAUCUCUAGUUAGUGGAAAGAUCUGUUCCACCAAGGUUGUACCAUGUUUUAUAUGUUGCCCUGUCUGCUUCAGUGUUGGCAGGCCAGCUCGCUCUGCUCUGUGACUGGUUGUGUCUGUGGAUAGCUUACUGUUACCACAUGUGUAUGUCAUCACUUAUCAUUAGGCCAAAUUAUAAAUAUAUGAAUAUUUAUUGUUUAUUAUUAAAAUGACACAAAUGAUGAAAUCAGAA